UGGGUGUCCCAAGUUUGAAUGGGUGUACUUGCUAGUGUUUAGUCAGACAACAGUGUGAGAUCAUUCUUUUCAAGAAACAUUUCUUAGAAAGUAAGAGCUUACUGCCGUGUUACGAAGAGUAACUUCUAGGCUGAAACGCGCGUGCCCCGCGUAGUUAAUAGAUUUCUAGCCUAAGGACUGGACAAGCAUCCUAGGUAAAUUUAAAAAUUUAAAUCACGUCACCUUUUUCUUACACAGAAGUUUAAGUUUUAUUUGGUUAGUAAGUGCUACAGUAAUAUUUCAAAUCAGUGCGGUGUUCGGGUACUUGAUUGAAGGAGUAACAGGCCAACGUAAAAGUAUCACAGAAAUUGGUCCUUCGUUAACCUGUAGCCGUAAAGAAUAACAACUUUCGUGGUAGAAGCAUCCGUGUGCCAUUGCUAUUGAUUCUAACACAAGUUGACGGCGGAUGGACGUUUUACACAGAUCAUGGCGGCCGUGCAACCCGUGAGCGACCCUUAUUGGGAGCUAGAGAGGUAUCUUGAACAAGCACAGGAAGAAAUUGGAAGAGCUUUUGAAGACCUCGAACUGUGUGAAGGAAGCUCUGAGAAGAAGAAUUCAAAGAACAAAGUUCCUGAAAAGGAGAGUAUUUGUGAAGUUUCAGACAUCCCUUUUACGAAGAUACUCACUCCCGAGGUUGAUGGAGCCGAUGGAUAUCGCAAAUGGGGAAGAAAGCUGUCUUGUCCUUCAAGUCCUGAAUAUCCAUAUCGUAGUCCAGAACUGUCCUGUACGCUGGAAGAAAAACAUAAUUUUCAUCCCAGUAUUUGCACGAGGAUACUUUCAGGUGAUGAUAACGAUGAUGUGUUUUACCCUGAAGUUGAAAAGUUUCAUUUGAGUAAAAAAUACAGUAGCCUAGAGCUAACCGACCUCAAUGAAAGAGGGCGCUCUUCAAAUAAUCUUUAUCAAUGUGAACGUAUCACAGGAAAUAAUAGGUUAGAACAUAUAUCUCCAAACACACAAAGUAGAUUAUUAACUGUUCCUGCUAGAAAACAACAACAAAUAAUUCCCAGUCCACCCACCACGGACAGCGUGGAGGUAUUAUCCGUAUGGGCAAACAACCUAGUGAAAGAAAUUGACGAAACGUUUUCAAGCAGUGACCAUGAUUAUAACAGUGCUAUACUUUCUAGUCCAUCGGGAUUAUUCGGCACUAAAUACGAUUCACUCAACUGUAACACGGAAAAAGAACAUGGGAUAAGCCUUAAUUCCAAUGAAAAGUGUAUUACAAAACCUUGGUAUUCCAUAUCUAAAAACAACGACGUGUGUAAAUAUAGCGUAAAGUACAAUUUCAGAAAUAAAUGUUUGGGUAAACCAAGAGUGACAAGGCAGCUCUCCUAUCCUGCCAGUUUGGGACGAAAUGGCGUUUCACAAUCAUUUUUUUCAUUCUCAAGGACUCGAAGGUUAUCAUGUCCUUCGUGUGAAUCUUCCUGUAGCAAAAACACUUUUUGUAUGGAUAAUAUGUCCUCAGACUUCCACGGAGAAAAACUCAAAUGUGAAACUGCUGUUCAAACCAACGAUGAUGACUACUUUGUACAUAGAAGUACAGACGGAGAAAUGGUACAGUGCAACCAUUCUUCACUGAAGAUGAGAGCUGAAAUUGGUGUUCAAACAUGUCCGGAAAGUAAAGAAUCACCUAACGAAUUUUCUCCCACUCCAGAUAGAAAUAUUCGACUUGAAACAGACUCCAAGCAUCUGGUAGAAAGUGUAUGCGCCAAGGAAAUACUUGAUCGCGAAAGGCAAACAAAUAUAAGUUCAAAAAAUAGUGAAGUCGAUGGAAAGAGUACUACUAUUAAUAGUGAAGUCGAUGGAAAGAGUACUACUAUUAAUAAUGAAGUUGACGGAAAGAGUACUACUAUUCAACCAGUUACAGAAGGUGACAUUGACAAUCCUUAUAGGGUAAAUAACCAAAAGAAGACCAACUUUCAGCUAAAAACAUCCCCAGGUCCGAAUGAUCAUGUUAUUUUUUGUGAUAUGAAACAAACCACCACUGAUUAUAAUAAGACUGGAGUUUCCAAUAAACUCGUUGGGUCAUCGCCAUGGAAUUUUUUCAUUGCAAUGGGAAGAAAUGACAACAGUAAUGUUUCAACAAUAAAAAACUGGACGGUACAAAAAGAACAAAGAUCAAAAAGUGACAGUGAUAUUUCUGGGAAAGUUGUUUUUGAAUGGAAUGUGCCUUCACAUCCCAAAGAAGGAACAAAGUCCAUUGCUAAUAAAACUGUGAUUCCUUUUCACAAAGAUGGUUGUUUGUUCUGUAGGAUAAAUAUUAAAAGUAGUUCUUGUCCUGAAAUGAAAAACGCCAGGGAAAUUCCAAUCUACCGUUCGAAAAAUCACACGAAUGAAUUGGAGUUGGAUUUGACCAAUGAUGAGACAAGGUAAGUUUGGGUAAAACUUCAUCCACAGAC